CCCGCCCCUCCCCCGCAGCGCAGGCCCGGCCGCCAUGGCGGCGGCGGCUGCUGAGGCGGGGGGCCCGGCUGCCGGCCCCGCGCUGUGGGCGGAGGUGCGGGCGCUGUUGCCCGGCGCCGAGGAGGGGCUGACCUUGGCGCUGAGCGGCGAGGUGGAGGACUGCGUCCUGCUGCUGCUGCGGCGGGCCCGCGGGCUGCUGUACGGCGCGGCGGGCCGGCCCGGCGGGGAGGCGGCGGCGGGGCUGCGGCGCCUGGGCGACGUCCUGCGCGACUACUCCUGGGAGAGGCUGAACGCGGGGCCGUGGCGGGAGGUCGUUAAGGCCUGGCGGCAGGUGUACGCCUACGGCUGCCUCUUCGGGGCGCUGGCCGAGGUCGCUGCUGGCCGCCCGCUGGCGCCCGCCGUCCGCCUCUGCGACAUGGGGCUGCUGAUGGGCGCCGCUGUCCUGGACAACGUCCUCGCUCGCCUGGUCCGCGUCCUGCAGGCGCACCUGCCGCGCGGGGAGCGGCGCGCCGCGGCCUCGUGGAGCGCCAAGAGGGCCCGGAUCGCCCCCGCCCCGGCCCCGGCAGUGCCGCCAGGAGAUGCGCUUCCACACCUCCGCUGCCCUUCGCUCGAGCAUUUCAGAGACAACUAUCUGAUCCCGCAGAAGCCGGUGGUCUUGGAGGGCAUUAUGGACCACUGGCCCUGUAUGAAGAAGUGGAGUGUGGAAUAUUUCUAUCAAGUUGCUGGGUGUCGCACAGUCCCUGUGGAACUGGGUGCCCGAUACACAGAUGAGGAGUGGUCUCAGAAGCUCAUGACUGUCAGUGACUUCAUCAACCAGUAUAUUGUGAAUGAGAACAGUGUAGGAUACCUUGCCCAGCACCAGCUUUUCGAUCAGAUCCCAGAAUUGAAAGAGGAUAUCAGUAUCCCUGACUACUGCUGCCUGGGGGAAGGGGAAGAAGAUGACAUCACUAUUAAUGCUUGGUUUGGUCCAGAAGGCACUAUCUCACCUCUUCAUCAGGAUCCCCAGCAAAAUUUUUUGGCUCAGGUAUUUGGAAGAAAGUACAUCCGUCUGUAUUCACCGCAAGAUUCAGAAAACCUGUACCCACAUGAAAGCCAAAUUCUUCACAACACUAGUCAGGUUGAUGUGGAAGAUCCUGACUUAGUUAAAUUUCCCAGUUUCAGAAAGGCUGCAUUUCAGUCCUGUGUUCUAAUGCCUGGACAGGUUCUGUUUAUUCCAGUUAAAUACUGGCACUAUGUACGAUCGCUUGAUAUGAGCUUCUCUGUCAGUUUCUGGUGGACAUAGCUCUGAAGCAUAAAGUCUGUUAGUAUUAUACUAAAAAUUAAAAAUCAGAAAAAGUC